AUGCCGCCGCCCGUUCCAGCUGGUGCCCAGAGCAUCAGCUUCGGCGAAGAGGACGUCAAGAAACGGGUCGUCAAGAAGCUCCAGAAGAAGCGCCACGAGCCGCAAACACCCACCAUGGAGCUGCCAGAAAGGUUGAAGGAGGGCGACGAUGCUGCCGAGGAGGACCUGAUUCCUGCCCAAGGCCCGCCCAUGUUCAUGAACAUGAACCAGUCCAUCUUUGGCCUCAUUGCCGCCGCCGGCUCCCGCGUCGAUUUCCACGACCGCUUCGAGUCCAGCGACGAAGAGAGUGGCGACGACGACGACCGCCAUCACACACAAGACGGCGGUAACGACGACCGACCUCACCACGGCCUCUUCCUCCACCGCAAACAGCGCCGGCGCAACGACGAGCCCGACGUCGCAAAGACGACCGUCUUGAGAAAGGACUCUUCCAGCAAGAGCGAGAAACACAAGCGCAAGAUCUCCGGCCACAAGCUGCUCCGAUCCUUGCCGGCGCUUCCCCGGUUGCCGCGACACAAGUCCAAGAAGGAGUCGCCCAAGCUGGAGCCACCUUCCGAAGAAGCCAGCGACGCUUCCGAAGCCUCUCCAUCCCAGGAGCAGGCCGACGACACAAGAGACGACGAGGAUGGUCCGCGACUUGCCCCAGUCAUGAGCCGCAUGCUUGAGGCCAAGGCCGAGAUGUCCAUGAGACCCAGCUUCGAUGUAGAGCGCCGCUCCAGCGACCAACUGACAUACAGCGAUUCUGCCGAUAGCAGCGGCACCGCUUUGGCCCGUCGCCUCCAGGACAUUUUCGAGUUUGACCAUCCCGAGGCUGUUAUUGAAGAGUAUCCUUGCUGGUUGCUCCAGAGUGUACUGCUCCAGGGCUACAUGUACAUCACGGCGAAGCAUAUUUGUUUCUACGCCUAUUUGCCCAAGAAAGCGCAUGAGGUCGUGAAAUCGGGCUAUUUAUCCAAGAGCGGCAAGCGCAACCCCAAGUACAACCGCUACUGGUUCCGUCUCAAGGGCGACGUGCUCGCAUACUACAAGGAUCCUUCCAACCUCUACUUCCCCCAUGGCCAGAUCGAUCUUCGGUACGGUAUUUCCGCUAGCGUGACGGACAAGAAGGACGGCCUGAACUUCACUGUGGUUACCCACCACCGGACCUACUACUUCAGAGCCGACAGCGCGCCGAGCGCAAAGGAAUGGGUCAAGAGUCUCCAGAGGGUCAUCUUCCGUUCGCACAACGAGGGCGACAGCGUCAAGAUCUCGCUGCCCAUCGAGAAUGUCAUUGAUAUUGAAGAUACACAGAUGCUCGAGUUCGCCGAUACGUGCAAGAUCCGCGUCAUUGACAACGACGAGACGUACGCCAUCGACGAGUACUUCUUCUCCUUCUUCAGCUUCGGCAAGGACGCUAUCAGCGUUCUCAAGAUCCUCAUCGAAGACGCGUCCUCCAACGCAAAGGAUGCGGCGCGACUCAAGGCUCAGCAGGAGGAGGAAAGGCAAUUGCCGGCGCCAUCUGCCCGCAGCUCUAUGAGUGGUAGCAGAAGAGCCAUUGCCCCGCCCAAGCUCAAGACGACCAAGCUCCCCGAAGCUGUCAGGGCAACUCUCUCGCCCUUGUCGACUCACAGCCCUUCUGCUCUCAGCCCGCGGGCCAGUAUGGAUGCUUCGCGGACCAGCUUCGACGCAUUCAGGGGCUUCCGGCGCAGGAGCUUGGACUUGUCGACCAUCAUUCGGGAUUCCUCUCCUCGCAGGAGCUUCAGCGGCAACCGGCGGUCCAUGAGCCGAAACCGUUUGGACGAGAACCGCCGAGCACCGCACAAGCAAGGCUCCACGGACUCUUAUGUACAGUCAUCGAUGGAGGAUCCCAGCUUUUCUGGCAUGGUCGCAUCAUCCAACGAGGACCCUUCCGCAAGCCAGAUUCUGCGCGGUAGCGAUGUCUUCCAGAACCCCACAAUGCGCCGUUCAGCCUCAGCUUCUCGAACCGAGCUCGACAAGCAGCAGCGUCGCGAACACAAGAGCCCCCCUGCCUUGGCGGCCUACAGCGGUCAGCAUGCUGCGACGACCGGAUCUAUCCAAGAUGGCGACAAGCCGCCGGCAACUCCGACUUUGCAAAGCAUUACAAAGAUGGGCGCCUUUCCCCUGCAGCGAGUUGGGGCCUUCGCCCAGUAUCUGAAUAGCACCAGCGGUAAGCUAGGCUCGAUGCUCGCCACGGAGUCUAUGGGUUACGUGGAGAAGGUGUCUGGAAUGUGGCGAGGUGGCCGAAAGCAUUACGAUGCCCCCCCUGAAAUCAAGACAGACGACGAGGAUCUGUACGAGGAUGCGGAGGGCAAGAUCCAGACAUCCAUGGAUCGCUUCCGCGCCCACUUCGCCCUGCCUGAGACGGAGAAGCUGCAAGCCACGUACUUUGGCUACAUCUUGCGGGUUCUGCCACUCUAUGGCAAGAUCUACAUUAGCGACAAGUCCUUUUGCUUCAGGAGCCUGCUGCCUGGAACCCGGACAAAGCUUAUUCUGCCGCUCAAGGACAUUGAGAAUGUUGACAAGGAGAAGGGCUUCAGAUUUGGCUACUCGGGCUUGGUCGUUGUCAUUCGCGGCCAUGAAGAAGUCUUCUUCGAAUUUGGCCAAGCCGAGAUCAGAGACGAUUGCGCCGUCACACUGUUGCAGAGCCUGGAGACCACUCGUUAUCUGCGAGAGACGGGAGACUUGGACUUGGAUGAGAAAGAAGACGAAGAGAACGCUAUGGCCGAGCGCGACGCCCUGAAGGAGGCCCGUCAAGUCGAGGAGUACAAUGACCACGAAUUGCGGAUGCCGAAGCAGAGCUCCAACAUCAGCGACGCGCCAACGAUUCUCUUCGACGAUCCUAAGGCGUCUUUCCUCAACUUCAAGCCUCCCCACGCGCUCAAGAUCACUUGCUUGACUAUCGGUUCCAGAGGCGAUGUGCAGCCUUACAUCGCGCUGUGCAAGGGUCUUCUCGCGGAGGGCCACAAGCCUCGCAUUGCAACCCAUGCCGAAUUUCAGGGCUGGAUCGAGAGUCACGGUAUCGAGUUUGCUAAGGUCGACGGCGACCCGGGUGAGUUGAUGAGACUUUGCAUUGAGAACGGCACCUUCACCUGGGCCUUUUUGAGAGAGGCAAACUCCAUGUUCAGAGGCUGGCUGGAUGAGUUGCUGGUGUCAGCGUGGGAGGCCUGCCAGGGAUCCGACCUUCUCAUUGAGAGCCCCAGCGCCAUGGCCGGCAUUCACAUCGCUGAGAAGUUGUCCAUUCCCUACUUCCGCGCCUUCACCAUGCCGUGGACCCGAACCAGAGCCUACCCUCACGCAUUCGUCAUGCCCGAAUACAAGAUGGGUGGUGCGUACAACUACAUGACUUAUGUCAUGUUUGACAACAUUUUCUGGAAGGCAACGGCUCAUCAAGUCAACCGAUGGCGCAACAACACGUUGAAGUUGCCCAACACUAACCUGGAGAAGAUGCAGCCUAACAAGGUGCCUUUCCUCUACAACUUCUCCGAGUAUGUGGUAGCACCGCCUCUGGACUUUUCAGACUGGAUCCGCGUCACUGGCUAUUGGUUUUUGGACGAGGGAUCGGACUGGAAGCCGCCUCAGGAGCUCACCGACUUCAUUGCCAAGGCACGGGCGGACGAGAAGAAGCUUGUCUACGUCGGUUUUGGUUCCAUAAUUGUGAACGACACGGCAAAGAUGACGCAGGAGGUAAUUGAUGCUGUGCUCAAGGCGGAUGUCCGCUGCAUUUUGUCCAAGGGUUGGUCGGAUCGCAUCAAGCAAGGCGACGAUACUGGUCCGGUGAAGGAAGAGCCGGUCAUGCCGCCGGAGAUUCAUGUCAUCAAGAGUGCACCCCACGACUGGCUGUUCUCCCAGAUUGAUGCGGCCGCCCACCACGGUGGUUCUGGCACCACCGGCGCCAGCUUGCGGGCCGGCAUUCCCACGAUCAUCCGACCCUUCUUUGGCGACCAGUUCUUCUUCGGCAGUAGAGUGGAGGACAUCGGCGUCGGCAUUUGCUUGAAGAAAUGGGGUGCCAUUUCUUUUGCUCGUGCGUUGUGGGAGGCGACACACAACGACCGUAUGAUUGUGAAGGCUCGUGUGCUUGGCGAGCAGAUUCGCAGUGAAAACGGUGUGGAAACUGCUAUUCAGUGCAUCUACCGAGAUAUGGAGUACGCGAAGAGCCUGAUCAAGCGCAAGGCUGGCAAGAACGCCCACGUCGAGCCGGACGAUGACGAGGAGUCAGCUGAGGAGAGUUGGACGUUUAUAGGAAAAGAUGAGCCGGACCCCGACAUGACUACUAAGAAGCUGUCAGAUAUGGGAGCGCUUCCCGGGGCGUCGGACUCGAAGCCGCUGGGCACCCGGGCCCUCAAGUCCCCCUCGGCGCAGCCGGUUGCUUAG